AUGUCCGAAAAGCUUAAUCCUUCUACGAGUAUCUCCAAAGGCGGUGGUAGGCUUGACACCACGGCUCACGAAGUUGACUUACAUGAGAUUACCUCUCACCAGUAUUCCUUGAAUGGGGUUGCUGACGGUCUUACCUCGGACCAGAAGUUUUACGUCCUUAAAAGAUUGGAUCUUAAUCAUCUCAAAUCUUUUGAGGAUUUGCCUCCAUCUGCUGUUUUUAUGUUGGAAAAAAUUCUGGAGAUCGAGAUUGUUGAGGCAGAAAGCAUUUUGAAAAGUUUUUUGAAGGAUCAUGAUGGUGACGUCAAUAUUCCAAUGGAGACCUUCGACUUCAUUGCGCAACUCGUCAAAUAUGAACACGCAACAGACUCAGAUGGCCCUGUAAGCUACGAAGAUGAGAAUUCAGCAAGCUCCAGAGAAAAAAGCCAAGUUCAUGUCGCAGAGAAGACGGUCAAAAACCUUGAAUCAGCCGAGUCCGAUGACAUUUUUGACUGGGAGUUGCAAACCAAAACUGAAGCUGCUCUUAUUGCUUACUGGUCUCCAUACCCUGAGGUCAGAUCUGUUACAGAUCCAUUCGACGAUCCAGAUACUCCUUGCGAAACGUUACGUGUUUACAUAAUCGGUGUCGUAUGGGUGGUUCUCGGUACCUUCAUUAACCAAUUCUUCGUCGAAAGAAUGCCAAGCAUUUCUUUGCUGUCAAUGGUGGUGCAGCUUUUUGUCUAUCCUUGCGGAAAGUUUUUGGAGUUGACGCUUCCUGCCAAAACUUUCAAGUUGUGGAGAUGGGAGAUCAAUUUAAAUCCUGGUCCAUGGUCUCAUAAGGAACAAAUGUUAGCAACUUUGUGCUACAGUGUGAGUGGAAGUGCAGUGUAUGCAACAUACUUCAUUUACCUCCAGAAGCUUGAGAUGUUCUAUGACAACCCAAAAUUUACAAUUGGCGCCCAAUUUCUUAUUGUAUUAUCAUCAAACCUUUUGGGUUUUGGGUUCGCCGGAAUUAUCCGUAAAUUCGUUGUUUACCCUGUUUCAGCAAUCUGGCCGACUAUUCUUCCAAACCUUGCUGUUAACAAAGCUUUGGUACAAAGAGAGAAGAAAGAAAAUAUCAACGGGUGGUCGAUUUCCAGAUAUUCAUUCUUCUUGAUUACCUUUGUUGUAUCUUUUCUAUACUUCUGGGUUCCCGACUACUUGUUUACGGCACUUUCCACAUUCAACUGGAUAUCCUGGGCAGCACCAAACAACUUCAAUGUUGCUGCAAUUACGGGGUCCCAAAGUGGUCUUGGGUUGAAUCCUAUCACCACCUUUGAUUGGAACAUCAUCAAUAUGAGCGGGCCUUUGUACGUUCCCUUUUUUGCCCAGUUGAAUCAGUACAUUGGCAUGCUCAUUGGAUUCUUCUGUAUUGUGGGAGUUUGGUGGUCAAACUACAAAUGGACGGGCUUCUUACCAAUUAACUCCAAUGGCAUUUUCACAAAUACAGGUGAACCUUAUGCUGUGACUGCUAUUCUUAAUGAUGAAAAGAAACUUGAUCUAGCCAAGUAUGAAAAAAUGGGGCCCCCAUUCUACUCAGCUGCGAACUUGGUGACCUAUGGCACGUUUUUUGCUUUAUACCCCAUGAAUUUUUUUUAUGUGAUAUUAACUCACUUCAAGCAAUUGAAGUUUGCUGUGGUUGGUCUUGUCAAAUCGCUUAAUUUCAAGAAAAAACGCUCAACCUACGAGGGUUUCGAUGACCCCUUCUCUGUUUCCAUGAAAAAGUACCCCGAAGUCCCAGAGUGGUGGUUCACCGUGAUCUUGGUGAUAUGUAUCGUUUUCUCGAUUAUAACAGUGGAGGUUUAUGAUUUGCAAACUCCAGUGUGGACCAUUUUCUUUGCUUUGGCCCUCAACUUCGUUUUCUUGUUACCUUUUGCCAUAGUUUACGCUGCGACAGGUACUCAAAACUCAAUCAACGUUCUUCUUGAGAUGAUUAUUGGUUACGCACUUCCAGGUAAUGGAACCGCACUCAACUACGUCAAGACCUUAGGUACCAACAUCGACGUCCAGGCUGAAAACUACUUCACCAACCAGAAACAGGCACACUAUUGGAGAAUCGCGCCAAGAGCCUUGUUUAGGGUGCAAAUGGUUUCUGUGAUCGUCAAUAGUCUUUUGUCUGUUGGCGUGAUAGAAGUGGUGUUGGAUUCCGUGUCAGGCUUUUGUGAACCACAUCAGCCUCAAAAGUUCACGUGUCCUGGAUCAAAUACUUUCUACUCGUCGUCUGUGAUUUGGGGUGUAAUUGGGCCAAAACGAGUCUUUGGAGGUCUCUAUCCUAUUUUGCAGUGGUGCUUCUUGAUUGGGUUCCUUGCCGCCUUCCCAUGCUGGGCAUUGAAGAAAUACUACGGACACACGACGAUAGGCAAAUAUCUUCACCCCAUUGUGCUUUCAUUUGGUCUCAUGAACUAUGCCCCCUACAAUUUGACGUAUUAUACUCCUGGAUUCAUAGCAUCUUUCUUUUUCAUGUAUGUGAUAAGAAAACGGUACACUGCGUGGUGGGAAAAGUACAACUACACCCUCUCAGGAGCUCUUCAAGGUGGUGUCGCUUUCAGCGGAAUUAUCAUCUUUUUCGCUGUUCAGUAUCAUGAGAAGUAUAUUUCCUGGUGGGGCAAUAACGUGAACAAUAAUGUUCUUGAUGCGUAUGCUCCAGCUAGACUCAAUGCCACUAUCGAUGCCCCAGAUGGAUACUUUGGUCCAAGAGUUGGACACUUUCCUUAA